UGACCCUACCACUAUCCCUGUGAUUCUGCACCAUGGCACCUGCGGCCUGCUUGAACUUUGCCAGCAUGAUGGGCCAGGGCAGUAGCUUUCUUGUUACUCUCAGCAAGCCUCAACAGACCCCAAGUGGUUUCAGUAUCCGAUACAACGACGAGGUUCUCCUUGUCACACGUGUUUGGGAGGAUACGCCGAUGGACACCUGGAACCGAGAGCACCCGACUCGCCAAGUGGUAUACGGUUCUCAUGUGAUAAGCGUGAACGGCAAGAGGAAUAUUCCUGAGAUGAUCAUUGCGCUUCAAGAGAGUUGCAACAUCCGAAUGGAGGUUGCGCGCUCCUUGGAAACAGAGUUGUUGGAUGAGAUGAUUUCAAGGGACAGAAAGAUGUGGAAUCCGCUCGUUGAGGAGGUCUUCAAUUCUUUGCCUGAGAGGCACUGCAACUGCUGCAAGAAUACUUCAUGCGCGGUUUGCUUGGAGGACUUCGAUGACGAGAUGGUUUUACAGCUGCCGUGUAAGCACGCCUUUCACCGGGAUUGCAUUUCUGUCUGGCUCUUGAAUCGUUCCACGCGUUGCCCUCUGUGCAACCAAGUUGUGGACGACAGCCACUGGUCCUGGUUGGGGCAACGUGUCACGGGAUGUGGGAGCUCUGCGGUAUACAUGGCUUUGUCAUGGUUUGUCAUGGUCUGA